AUGGCCAUGCUUGAAGCACGUGCUCAAAAAAUUGCAGAAGAAGAAACUGGUAUUGCGAAAUCAGUUAUGGGUGGCACUGGUAUAAGAUUUGUGCGUGGAGCUGGUAAUGUUGUGGAAUCAAAUGUUACUGAAAAUCCAGAGGAAAUUGAUAUUGGAGAUGAUGACGAUGAUGAGCUAGACGCUCAAGACGAUGUGGAAACAAGAGCCGUACCUGCAGGAGUUCUAGGUUCACUUGCCAAAGAAUAUGAUAGAUAA